UUCGGUCUUUUGCUACGAACCCACAUUUGUUUUGACAUCUCUUGCAUAACCAAAUCACAACACAUAACUCACAAAACCUCAAAAACUAUAACUCGAAUUAACAUUCCGGUUAAUGUGUAAAAUCCAUUUUGCUGGCAAAAUCUUCACGCGAUGUUAUUUGGCACAGUUUUUAAUCGAUUCACAGCGAUUGGUCACAAUGUAUCCGGCAUUGGGUUCCAACAAGUUCGUAACAAGUGGACUGACUGGCGGAUGCUCAAGGAUGCUAAACGACGAAGGAUUGUGGUAGAUAAUGCCAAGGAUCGACUACGUGUUAAUUCCCUACGAAAGAACACCAUUCUACCUGUUGAGUUACGCGAGAUAGCGAGCGCUGAAAUCCAUGCCUUCCCGAGAGAUACGUCACUUGUGCGAGUCCGGGAACGGUGUGCUGUUACUUCGCGUUCUCGAGGUAUUGUGCAUCGUUGGCGUGUCAGUCGUAUCGUUUGGAGACAUUUUGCCGACUACAAUAAAUUGUCUGGUGUUCAGAGAGCUAUGUGGUGAAUAAAGUUGUAAUGAGUUGUUCGCAAA